AUGGUUCUGACCCGCCGCCUGAAUUUUUGCCAUUUAUCACAGGUUUUUUUGGGAGACUUCCUUUUGAAUUCUAUUAUUUUUAGUUACAGAUUGCUGGCCGACUGGUUAGAAAGCGCGACGUUUAUUCGGAAGGUCGAUGUUUCAGAAGCUUAACACAGAUUUUUGCCGUUUUUCACAAGUUGUGUUGUCCCUUUUCUAAUGCCAUUCUUGAAUUGUAUUAAAAAAAUAAAGUUUUGUCGGGAUUCAUGGAUCGGAUAGUCGAUGGUUCAAUCUUCCGGCUCGAUUUUUGCCAUUUUUCUCAAGAUUUAAUGAAUAUGUUUUUUUUUAAAAUUUUUUUUUGGAUCUUGAAAGAUUUUUCGAUGACUUGAAAAACGUGUUUUUAAUUCACAUUUAUGGUGCGUCCUUUUUUUCAAUAAAUCUCCAUUUUUGUCCAUGUUAUUCAUAGUUUUUUUUUUGUUUCCUUUCAAUCUAUCUUUUUUUGUUAUUUUCCUCGUAGAUGUAACCGAAGAGGAGGAAUAAACAAAAACUUCUAAAGCUAUAUCGAACAACCGGCUUUGGCGAACUAGAAGUCGAAAUGAGAAGCUGAUCAAGUUGAAAGCAUGGUCUCAAGGUCCUUCGCCUCGUUCUUCCGUACAUAGCUCAUUCAGAUAAGUCUUGACAAGAUUAUAAUACUGCGAAUAUUGUAUAGCUGAUUCACGGCUGGCUUGAGCCAUCGAGAAAAGGGUCCUGCCACGAAAAGAGACGAGACAGUGCCCCGGUUAGUGGAGAGUGCAGACAGGCCACGCCUUUUUGCGUUCCAAGCUAGCCGUGAAUCGUUUAUAUCUGGAGCCCCGAGACCUUGCUCUAGAAGAGAACCUCAAAAUGAAAGCAGUCCGAGGGAAAGCAACCGAAGACCAGGUUUGA